CUUUCCCGUCCUCUGACAGCGCCCGCGGCAAAGCGCGUCCUUUCCGUUCGAGCUGUAGGCGCGGUCCUCGGGCCGCGUUAUGAGACGGUUUUGCAAUAAAGAGAACUACAGCUUUUCGUGAAAAUGUCAGUUCUGAUAUCACAGAGUGUAAUAAAUUAUGUAGAAGAGGAAAACAUUCCUGCCCUGAAAGCUCUUCUAGAAAAAUGCAAAGAUGUAGAUGAGAGAAACGAGUGUGGCCAGACUCCACUGAUGAUAGCUGCUGAACAAGGCAACCUGGAAAUAGUGAAAGAAUUAAUUAAGAAUGGAGCUAAUUGCAAUCUGGAAGAUUUGGAUAACUGGACAGCACUGAUCUCGGCAUCAAAGGAAGGGCACGUGCACGUUGUGGAGGAACUGCUGAAAUGUGGGGUCAACUUGGAGCACCGCGACAUGGGAGGAUGGACCGCUCUCAUGUGGGCAUGUUACAAAGGCCGCACCGAAGUGGUCGACUUGCUGCUUUCUCAUGGCGCCAAUCCGAGCGUCACUGGUUUGCAGUACAGUGUUUACCCCAUUAUUUGGGCAGCAGGGAGAGGCCAUGCGGAUAUAGUGCAUCUUUUACUGCAAAAUGGCGCUAAAGUCAACUGCUCUGAUAAGUAUGGAACUACUCCUCUGGUUUGGGCUGCACGGAAGGGUCAUUUAGAAUGUGUAAAACAUUUAUUGGCCAUGGGAGCUGAUGUUGAUCAAGAAGGAGCUAAUUCAAUGACUGCACUGAUCGUGGCAGUAAAAGGAGGCUACACUCAGUCAGUGAAGGAAAUUUUGAAAAGAAACCCAAAUGUAAAUUUAACAGAUAAGGAUGGAAAUACAGCUUUGAUGAUUGCAUCAAAGGAGGGUCAUACGGAGAUUGUACAGGAUCUGCUCGAUGCUGGAACAUACGUGAACAUACCUGAUCGGAGUGGAGAUACCGUGUUGAUUGGUGCUGUCAGAGGUGGUCAUGUAGAAAUCGUUCGAGCACUUCUCCAGAAAUAUGCUGAUAUAGACAUUAGAGGACAGGACAACAAAACUGCUUUAUAUUGGGCUGUAGAGAAAGGAAAUGCGACGAUGGUGAGAGAUAUCUUACAGUGCAAUCCUGACACUGAAAUAUGCACAAAGGAUGGUGAAACACCGCUUAUAAAGGCCACCAAGAUGAGAAAUAUCGAGGUAGUGGAGCUGUUGCUAGAUAAAGGAGCUAAAGUAUCGGCCGUGGAUAAGAAAGGAGACACGCCUUUGCAUAUUGCUAUCCGUGGGAGGAGUCGCAAACUGGCAGAGCUUCUUUUAAGAAAUCCCAAAGACGGAAGGUUACUUUAUAGGCCCAACAAAGCAGGCGAGACUCCCUACAACAUUGACUGUAGCCAUCAAAAAAGUAUUUUAACUCAGAUAUUCGGAGCCAGACACUUGUCUCCUACUGAGACCGACGGUGACAUGCUCGGUUACGACUUGUAUAGCAGUGCCCUGGCAGACAUUCUCAGUGAGCCUACCAUGCAGCCGCCCAUCUGUGUGGGGCUGUAUGCACAGUGGGGAAGUGGCAAAUCCUUCUUACUCAAGAAACUAGAAGAUGAAAUGAAGACUUUUGCCGGACAACAGAUUGAACCUCUUUUUCAGUUUUCCUGGCUUAUAGUAUUUCUGACUUUGCUGCUCUGUGGAGGGCUUGGUUUACUGUUUGCUUUUACAGUUGACCUGAAUCUUGGAAUAGCAAUAUCAUUGAGCUUCUUGGCUCUCUUAUAUAUAUUUUUUAUUGUCAUUUACUUUGGUGGCCGGAGGGAAGGAGAGAGUUGGAAUUGGGCCUGGGUCCUCAGCACCAGACUGGCGAGACACAUCGGCUACUUGCAGCUGCUCCUCAAGUUGAUGUUUGUGAACCCGCCUGAGCUGCCGGAGCAAACCACCAGAGCCUUGCCUGUCAGGUUUUUGUUUACAGAUUACAACAGGCUGUCCAGUGUAGGCGGAGAAACAUCGAUGGCUGAAAUGAUCGCGACUCUGUCGGAUGCUUGUGAGAGAGAGUUUGGCUUUUUGGCAACCAGGCUCUUUCGAGUAUUCAAGACUGAAGAUACACAGGGCAAAAAGAAAUGGAAAAAAACGUGUUGCCUCCCAUCUUUUGUCAUCUUCCUUUUUAUCUUUGGCUGCAUUAUUGCUGGAAUUACUCUCCUGGCUAUCUUCAGAGUUGACCCAAAACAUCUGACGGUGAAUGCCGUCCUCAUAUCUAUUGCGUCGAUAGUGGGGUUGGCCCUCGUGCUGAACUGUCGCACGUGGUGGCAGGUGCUGGACUCUCUCCUGAAUUCUCAAAGGAAACGCCUCCAUAAUGCCGCCUCCAAACUGCACAAGCUGAAAAGCGAAGGAUUCAUGAAGGUCCUUAAGUGUGAAGUGGAAUUGAUGGCCAGGAUGGCGAAGACCAUCGACAGCUUCACUCAGAACCAGACGAGGCUGGUGGUCAUCAUCGACGGACUAGAUGCCUGUGAGCAGGACAAAGUGCUCCAGAUGCUAGAUACUGUCCGAGUUCUGUUUUCAAAAGGCCCAUUCAUUGCCAUUUUUGCAAGUGAUCCACAUAUUAUUAUAAAAGCAAUUAACCAGAACCUGAAUAGCGUGCUUCGUGACUCAAACAUAAAUGGACACGACUAUAUGCGCAAUAUAGUUCAUUUACCCGUUUUCCUUAAUAGUCGUGGACUGAGCAAUGCAAGAAAAUUUCUUGUAACUUCAACAACAAAUGGGGACAUUCCGUGCCCAGAUACUGCAGGGAUACAGGAAGAUGCUGACAGAAGAGUUUCACAAAACAGCCUUGGAGAGAUGACUAAACUUGGUAGCAAGACAGCCCUCAAUAGACGGGAUACUUACCGAAGAAGGCAGAUGCAGAGGACCAUCACUCGGCAGAUGUCCUUCGAUCUUACGAAACUGCUGGUUACUGAGGACUGGUUCAGUGAUAUAAGUCCUCAGACUAUGAGAAGAUUGCUUAAUAUUGUUUCUGUGACAGGGCGAUUACUGAGAGCCAAUCAGAUUAGUUUCAACUGGGACAGGCUUGCUAGCUGGAUCAAUCUUACUGAGCAGUGGCCAUACCGAACUUCAUGGCUCAUAUUAUAUUUGGAAGAGACUGAAGGGAUUCCAGAUCAAAUGACACUGAAAACCAUCUAUGAAAGCCUGCCUUCCUCAAGUGCUGGCUUCUCCGCCAGGAGCCUCAGUGCUCGCGAAGCUCUGUGAAGCUCAGGUGGCUGGGCGGCUCCACGUCCUCAACAGGGAAGAUUGUGGUUCGGAAAGUUUAACGUCCCAAAGUCGCUUAGCUCGUGAGUAGCAGAGGUAUUUCAGUCCAGGUGUCUCAGAGUCCACAGAUCGCUUCUGUGCCCGCCACUGUUCUAAACACUUUGCGUUUUGACACCUUUUAUUCUCGCAGUCUGUGGAGUAGUGUUAUUGUUUGUGUUUUACACAUGAGAAAAUUGAAGCCCAGAGAAGGCAAGUCACGUAGCGAAUGUCUCACAGCCACUGAGUGGUAGAGCCGGGUCCCUGGCUCCAGAGCCACGUGCGAAGGGUACUGCCCCGCACAGCGCGGUAGGGUCAUCUGUGUUUUCUUCAGCUGUAGAGUUGUCUGGAGUAUGUAAGGCACUGGCAUCUUAUGAUGAAGAUGAAGUGUCUCAAGUUGUUACAUUUCUGUGUUCUCCAUUUCUCUCUAGAAUUUCACAAGAUACGAAUAUUCUAUUUAACACAUAAGAUGGUUGAUACAGAUCGUCUCAUUUACUGCAGUGACAAUGGAUCUAUUAAGCAGGCAUUGCUGUAAUACAUUAUUUUUUUUCUACAAGUUUCCUUUACCUUCGUAAAAACAGCUGUUAGAUUUUUCAGCACCCCACCCCCAGUAAAAGAGUAAAUAUAGUUCAUGUCAGUUUUUGGCUUGGGUACAGAAGAGGACUCAAGUCAGUCUCUUUGUCUUCCUUUAGUUGAGUAUAUUGCUUCGAAGUACACUGUAUCUCAGGAUUACAGAAACACUGAUCAAGUUUUCACAUUUGAAGGGCUGCGGGCUUGAAGCCCCCAGCCACUGGGUCCUCUGCGUGUCCUGUGACAGAGGUAGGGAGUGGUUAAAGUCUGGGUCCCCGGGAGACGGAAGCACGAGGGUUGUGCAAAUGAAUAAAAGGUCUUUAAAGCCCUCAGAAAUUUAUCUUUCGGUUCAAUCCAACACAAAUAUAUUAAGUGUUUAUUAUUUGUGGGUCCUGCUUCUGGAUGCUGGAGGUACAGUUGUGAACAAGUACCCGUAUGUUUACUUUCAAUCCAGCAGUCAUUUACUCUGAAUGUACACCCCCACAAACAAGAAGUUGUGCAACUUAAGUGUGCAUUUAUAUAAGAACAUUGGGGGGGGCCCUCGGUGGCUCAGUCGGUUAAGCGUCCGACUUCAGCUCAGGUCAUGAUCUCACGCUUUGUGAGUUCGAGCCCCAUGUCGGGCUCUGUGCUGACAGCCAGAGCCUCGAGACUGCUUUGGAUUCUGUGUCUCCCUCUCUCUCUCUGCCCUUCCCCCACUUGUGUUUUUUUUACCCCCUCUUUCUCUCAAAAAUAAAUAAAUAAACAUUUACAUAAGAACAUUGGUUGAAGCACCAUGAUAGGGUAUUUUGUAACCGUAGGAAAGAAUGAAGAAAAACUCUGUGAUUUACAUGGAGGAAUUUCUAGGAUAUAGUAAGUGAAAAUAGCAAAGUGUGUAAGAGUGUACAACGUGAUACUGUUUGUAUAAGAAAAGAGGGAUAAGUGCCCCUUACCCGUUUAUCCCAUCCCCCCUCCCACAACCCCUCCCGUAACCCUCAGUUUGUUCUCCAUAUUUAUGAGUCUCUUCUGUUUUGUCCCCCUCCCUGUUUUUAUAUUAUUUUUGUUUCCCUUCCCUUAUGUUCAUCUGUUUUGUCUCUUAAAGUCCUCAUAUGAGUGAAGUCAUAGGAUUUUUGUUUUUCUCUGACUCAUUUCGCUUAGCAUAAUAUCCUCCAGGUCCAUCCACGUAGUUGCAAAUGGCAAGGUUUUAUUCUUUUUGAUUGCCGAGUAAUACUCCAUUGCAUAUAUAUACCAUAUCUUCUUUAUCCAUUCAUCCAUCAAUGGACAUUUGGGCUGUUUCCAUCCUUUGGCUAUUGUUGAUAGUGCUGCUAUAAACAUGGGGGUGCAUGUGUCCCUUCGAAACAGCACACCUGUAUCCCUUGGAUAAAUGCCUAGUAGUGCAAUUGCUGGGUCGUAGGGUAGUCCUAUUUUUAGUUUUUUGAAGAACCUCCAUACUGUUUUCCAGAGUGGCCACACCAGCUUGCAUUCGCACAAAGAAGUGUUUUUGAUGGAGUAUUUUUCAUCAUAUAAUAAAAGUAACUUGGAGUGAGUUUUUGUAGGGGGAAUAUUUUGUUCAAGUAAAUAUAUAUCUCCAAUUCUGUACUGGAGAUGUAAUGAGAUAAUUAGAAGUUUGUUUUGCUAUUAAAUUAAUCCAUUAUUUUAGACUUCAGCACUAGGUGGGCCUGCCAUCCAUUAAUGGGUUGGAUUCAGGGGGAUUUUUAGAUUUUUUUUUUUUUUUUUUUUAGAAAAAAGUGUGUUUUAUAUGCCUACAAACACAAAGAAUAUUUUGUAGCUAGUCUAAGGAAAAGAGAAAAAGACAAUGUAGUAAGAAUCUUCGAGACUUCAUUAAGGAGUUGACUUAAUAAUUGACUUUAAGAUGAUUUGGAAUGAAAAACUGUAGGAAGACAAUUUGAUUAACAUAUUGAAAGAUCAUAUAUUGGAAUAUGUUAGAAUAAUUUAGCUGACUAUUUCUAGUUACCCAUAGUUGAGUUCUUUGAUUCCAUUGCUUGUCAUUUGAAUAAUAAAAAGUUUUAUUUACAGCAGACAAAAGCAGCAGUAUAUAAUUGAUAUUCAUUUAUUUUAUUAAAGAAAUCUGAUUUGAUAAAAACAAUCAGAAAAUAGUAUUUUUAACGCUAGUAGUAAAAUUUAUUUUUUAAUCCAUAAAAAGCCUCAUUUAUUUUUAUAGCAAUUUGAUGACACAUCUGCUUGCUUUUAUUCAGCUGAAAAAGAAAAUGUUGGUUCUUGGUGUUUGGUAAAAUUGCUUUGUUAAAUUAUUUUCUAAAUUGUUCAACUUUUAACAAAUGACAUUUGAUACUAACACUAGAAAGCAAUUUCAGCUAAUUAAGUAGAUCCCUCUAUAAACCAUUGGAACAUUAAGAUGACAUACUGUUCAUUCAAGAUUAUUUUAAUUGGUACAAUUAUUGUAAUUUUCUUGCAAUUAUGUGUUGAGCUAAAAGCUUUUGUCUAGAUCAUUUGAGGGUUUUUUUUGUUAACAUACAUUUAGGAAGAAGAAAGGGAGUAAAAUAAAAACUAUAGAUAAAGAUUUUCUGUCUACUUUUUAUUACAACGUUUUAGACAACCAUUGAAAUAUGUUAGUAUAAAACUUUAUUUCUGGUGUUUUUCAGUAAGCAUUUUAAGCAAUGAUAGAAGUUUUUAAAAGAUCAAUUUAAGUAGUUUUCAUGAAGAUAAUGUUUUAAAUUUUUGUUUUGACACUACUCACGCAGUCUUUUACUCAGGAUGAUAUGGUCAGAAUAGUUUUGUGAUAAGGAUAAUGCCAUACUCUUAAUUAUUUAAAACAAGUUUUGAGAGAGCCUUAGAAUGGUAGCCAUGUUCCAUUCAUUGGAAUAGCUAUUUGCUGAAUAGGCACUGUACGCAUCUAACUUAUACCUUUAUGCUCAAUUCAGCAUCUUUAAAUUAUUCAGGUAGUGGUAUUUCUGUACUUGGCAUUUUUCAUAAUAAAAUCUCAUAUCUUAGGAUGUUCAUACCUGAUACUCAGCCAAAAUUUUCCUAAGUUUAACUUGCUCAUUUCUGGUUAUCUCCUGCCUCCCUUAGCUCUCCCUGACCUCCUUCCUCUUUCUUUUAUAUUAUUUGUUGUCCCUCCUCCAUCACGUGACCCAGAUUAUGCACCCGUCUAUUUCCGUCGCAUGUGGAUUUAAGUCGUGAAUUUCAAUAGCAUGAAAAACUGGAUAAUAGUUUAGAUUUGUGAAGAAGUUGUCUCAUCUCCUUUGUAGUACAAAGUACAUCCUUUGUACUGGUGAUAUUUCUCCUAAUUUUGAUUUUGAGAUACUAUGAGUAUUUAUGCCAAACACUGUUUCAUGCAUGGCACUUUUGGUGCUUUUUGUAUAUAGUGUAGAAUCUUAAUGAAAUUCUAUCUUUUUGAUAUGAUGUGACUUCUCUGCAUGUGUUGAUGUUGUCACCAUUCAACAUUUAUUAAAUUACUGUCUUGUGUAUAAUUUUUGUUUCCAUCUUUUUUCUCAAAACACACUUCCCUGAAUAUGUAUCACGUAAAUACUUUAUUCAGGGUAGUUCUUGUUGAGAAGGGAAAAGCUGAGCAAAGACUUGAAGGAAGCAGGAGAAUUAGCCAACUAGAUAUCUGGGGAAAGCAUUUCUGGGCAGAAGGAACAGUGUGGACAAAGGUUGUAAGACCAGAGAGUACCUGGAAUGUUUCCGUAACAGCAAGGACAAGGGAUUUGGUGUGGCUAGAGAGGAUUCAGUAAAGCGACGGGGUGGGAGGUGAGGUCAGGAAGGUGUGGAACAUGGAAGAUCGUUGUAAAGGUUUUGGCUUUUACCCUAAGUAAAAUGGAGAUCCAUUGCAGGGGUUUGAAAAAAUUGUAUCCGUACCCUGUAUGCUCUAAGGUGCCUAUUAUGUGGCUGUAUCAGUGUAACUUGGCGUUAAGUUAGGGAAUCCUAUUGACCUAAGGGAGCGUAUUUUGAGAAUCCUGUGUUGCGAAGGGGAUGGGAGUGGAUCUUGGUGGGAACAUUAGGGUAAAUGAAAAGUUGUGCAGAGUAGGUGGGGAUCCCACAGUAAAGAUGAAAUGAAUGAUAGAGAAUGGCACUUAACAGCGCGCCAUGAAAAUGAGAAAGCUAAGAAAUGAACAACAUGUGUAGACAGUCUGUUGCAGUGUAGUGAAGAAAACUGGUUAUUUCUAAACAUCUCCAUUAAUUUAUGACUAAUUUCCCUGUAUGUCUUUCCUGUUGUAAUAAUUUCUUGUUUCUUACGAUGAUUUUAUUCUUUAUUUUCUAGUAAAAUGUUGGAUUUAGAAGCCUACUUUUUGGAUCAUUUUUUAAAUUACCUUCUUUCCCUUGGACUUGCCAGCUGCAUGGUUUGUCCCCCAACCCCCACAUUUAAGCCCCUGGUUGAGAGUGAAUGAAAGGUGGUUUCUGUAGCAUUGGCUGAUAGGUCAGUGGUGUAGAGGGCAACUAAUGAGUUGCUUGUACAGUAAUAUUAAUUUGAUUUAUGAGUACUAUAAGAUGGAGAUGAUGGUCAUUGAGUGUCAACUUGGGCUCUACGGAUAAAGAAAAAUAAUUGGUCAAAAUUCAAUGUACAAGCAUCAAGUUUAUCUGGAGUUCUGAACAGGCCUAGCCUGGCUCUCCAGCCCAUUCUCAUGCUUUAUCCCUCUUGCUUUUUACCUUUCCACCUGCACUUCUCUGUGGCCCAUCCUUCCUCCCCCACCUUAUUCUUCUGGUCACCUCUUAAAUGCCACAGCCUCAAGAAUCCUUUUGUGACCGGCAUACCCCAUUCCCCAAGACUUUACUAGAUGUGUUCCAUAUAUACUGGUAUGUUCCUUCAUAGCACUUAACAUGGUUACCUUUCUAUAAAUAUUUGCAUUUCUCCUUAAUAUUUGUUUCCUGAACUAGACUGUUAACUCCACGACUGUAACUUCCUUAAACCUUGCUGAAUUCCUCGCUUUAGACGUUCUUGGUAUGGAGUAGGCAGUAGUGAUUAUUUCUGAGAGAAUAAAGAAAUAUGAUGAUGACAUUUGGAUCGAGCAAAGUAUGGAUUAGGGGAAGGUGGUAAAUGAGAAGCCACAUUUUAUCUUGAAGAGAAUACUAUUCAUAAAGACACCUGAUCUUUGGUUCAAAAUGUGGGUAAAAUGUUUCCUUUGUUAUUAUACUAGUAGUUCCCUGGGUUAGGCACAUAGUAAGUUCUCAGUACAUAGCAAUUGAAUGGUCAUUACAUAUUUCAGUCAGCACCUAGUAGUUUCCACCUUUUGUUGGGUGAUACAACAGAAUCAAAACAAUGUAUUUCAUAGUCAUUUCCUUGUAACUGUGAGUUCACCACAUUUCUAAGGUUUCUUGCAUUUAUAAUCCUUUUAUGAAUGCCAUGGUUUGGAAUUACUUCAUAUUGGCCCACCUUUAGACAGGCCCCUCCCACUUCAGCUCCUACCAACAGGCUGUUGUCAGUAUUGUUAAAAAGGCCUUAGGAGUUAGCUGGACUCCCAUUUUUGUUAUGCUAAACAUUUUGAUCAGGUUCAUUCAUUGACAAAUAUUUAUAGAGUCUUUUAUGUAUUGGGCAUAUGCUAAUAAAAGUACUGCUUAGUAUUACUUGAGUCUUCAGUAUAUGCCACACGUUGGAUUAAGCAGUUGGCAUGGAUUUUUUAAUUUAAUGCUAACUCUGGGAGGCGAAGAGUGGGAGUUACUUGGGAUCACACAGCUACUACCGCUGGAGCUUCCCCAGACCUAUUUCUGGAAGCCAGGAGAUGAUCUGUAACUACAUAGCAAGGCAGCAGAUCUGAGAUAAUUACAAAUACAGAACUAUACUAAUUUUAUUUUUAUUUCCAGAUAUAUUUUAUUCAUUUUCAAAUGAGUAUUUAGAAUUAUUUAUUAUAUAUCAAUGGGAAUAUUAUUAUGUAUCAACGGGCAGAUAGGAAAUUUUCCAGAGGAUUGAAUUUCUGCUCUAUUAAAAAAAUGCGGACUUGUACCAACUUAUGUAAAACCCCAAAUAAAUGCUUUAUUCAGUUCUAAUUGUGUCUAGUAACUGCAAUAGGUUCUGUAGGGAAUGCUUAAAAAAAUCAGUUGUGAUAUUUGACACUUAAACAGCUGGUACAUCUGUUUUUUAAGCCUUUAUAUCAUUUUUAUAUGCAUUAGGUGGCUGUAAUUUUUUUAGGUAGCUUUUCAUUUGCUUUAAAUAGGAUAAAAUUGAUUUUAAAAAUGUUUUCUCAUUUAAACUCAUGAUGCCAUGUUAAGUAAUUUUAUGGAAAUAAAAUAAAAAUAAAAAGAACAAAGAAAGAAUUUUAAAUGUUCCAAAGUUGUGCGUUUCUAACUCCAACAUGAAAAAAGUAUAUUAACUAAGGUUGUUUGAAAUCUGAAAUAAAAAACUCAACUUCUCUAAAGUAUAUGUUUUGAUAUGUAAAACAAAAAUAUUACCUAUGCAGGUUUACAGUUUAGUUUAUAAUACGGUACGAGUAUUAUGCACAUUUACAUUUAAAAAAACCCAAGUCUGAUUACUGAAGGAUUCACAUUUGCCACCAGACUAUGUGUCUGUCUAUCAUCUAUAUGAAGUUAUUUUUUUCAACAGACGUUUAUGAUUUCAGAAUUUCAAGUCAAAAUAUUUUUAAGACUCUGUGAAAUAGGAGAAUAAACAACAAAAGUGCUGGGUAACCGAAACAGGUAAAGGGAGUGGCCGCUGUAGAGCUCUGCCGCCAGCAGCUCCUGGUAGCAAUAUCCGGGAAGUCCACAAGGUGGGAGUAUUUCACUAGAGACAUUAUUAGCAUGUUCAGCCAAGAAACAAGCCCUACUUCAUUUUGCUCUUCCCUUUCCAGAGCAGGAAAACAAGGAAAGCACUUAAGUUUAAAUAUGAAUAUCUGACACUUUAAAGUUUAAUUUCCAUGCCUGUUUUUUAAAAGUGGCUUCACAGGACGUUCGUAAGUACCGAGACUCUUGAUCAUAGGCAAAUGAGUGGUUAUCUGAUUUUAUGGCAUAGUCUUUAUUAAGUUUAGUACUACCUUUUCCUCCUCAAAUUCUUUUACAUGAGCUUUUGGGAAAAGGGUGGGUAUGAAAAAAGGGGAGUAUUUGAAAGAUAUAAAUAAAUAAAAUUAAAUUAAAUUAAAAAAAUCUAAUACAAAUACUAAAGAUUUGUAUUAGAUUAAAAGUGUUAAAUUCUAAACAUUGUAGAACUUGGGUUCUAUUCUUAUUAAACAUUAAAUCUUUAAGAUAGCUUGUUUUUUUUUUAAUUUUUUUUAACGUUUUAUUUAUUUUUGAGACAGGAAGAGACAGAGUAUGAACAGGGGAGGGUCAGAGAGAGGGAGACACAGAAUCUGAAACAGGCUCCAGGCUCUGAGCUGUCAGCACAGAGCCCGACGCGGGGCUCGAACUCACGGACGGCGAGAUCAUGACCUGAGCCGAAGUCGGCCGCUUAACCGACUGAGCCACCCAGGCGCCCCUAAAGGUUUUGUUUUAAUCUGAGGCAUAUUCAUAGACAAGCUUUGAUUUCAGAACCUUCAUUCUGUAUACCUCCUUUUCAGAGUUUUAUUUCAAAACAUUUGCUUCCUCUAGAUGGUUAAUGGAAGAAUCUUUAAGAAUUCCAAAAGGAAACAAUAAUAGGAACAUCUCUUACUGUUUGGUAGCACCUCCCAAUAUUAGUAGUGUUCCUCAAGCAGCUAUGAAAAUCGGAUCUCAUUUACUUUUAUCAGAAUGUUUUUUUAAUACAUCUUAGUACAAACUCUUGAUAUGGAACAAUGGGCUUUACAUUCUUAUGAUAGGUACUAUUUUCAUAUUGAGUCAGUUGCAAUUGUUUUGCCUCUCUUAACCUCUUUACCGAAGUCUUCUGUUAUUGCCCUAGCUUGAAACUGUUGUUUUAUCAUCUGAAUUGGUAUUAUCUGAUCACUUGCGUGGCAGCAACUGGGUAGGCAUUGGGCUGUAGUACAUGGUUUCUCAGGCUUCCCCCCUCCCCCCCCGGUGGAAACCUUUUUGCAAAUUAAAUCUUAUGCACAACCCCAGUAAAUAAAGCAGAAUGAAUAUAAAUUAAUUGACUCAAAUUAGAAUAUUUCCUAAUAAAUUCAGUUAGAAAAAUGAGCUGUUCUGAAGAACAUACUAAAAUUGAAACAUGUAGGGGGGCCUGGGUGGCUCAGUCGGUUGAGCGUCCGACUUUGGCUUAGGUCAUGAUCUCGCGGUCUGUGAGUUCGGGCCCCACGUCAGGCUCUGUGCUGACAGGUCAGAGCCUGGAGCCUGCUUCAGAUUCUGUGUCUCCCUCUCUCUCUGCCCCUCCCCUGCUCAUGCUCUGUCUCUCUCUCUCUCUCUGUCAAAAUAAAUAAACAUUAAAAUUUUUUUUUUUUUUAAUUGAAACAUGUGGAUGAUCCCUGCAUGCUUACCUUGGCAUAAACCUCUCUUUGUUUCUGUACUUAGUUUUGGUAAUAUAAUAUCAAGACAAUUCUGAAUCCUAAGUAGAUUCAAAUGUUACCAAUUUUUAUUUUAUUUUUUUAAAUUUUUUUUUUUAACGUUUAUUUAUUUUUGAGACAGAGAGACAGAGCAUGAACGGGGGAGGGUCAGAGAGAGGGAGACACAGAAUCUGAAACAGGCUCCAGGCUCUGAGCUGUCAGCACAGAGCCCGACGUGGGGCUCGAACUCCCGGACCGCGAGAUCAUGACCUGAGCCGAAGUCGGCCGCUUAACCGACUGAGCCACCCAGGCGCCCCAAAUGUUACCAAUUUUUAAACGUGCUUUGCAGUGGCAGGAUGUUUUCAAUUAAUUUGGCUUCAUCGGUCGGUCACCAGGCUUAUGUGACAGCUGCUCGCAUUUCUUCUAAUUGGUUGAAGUGCUGGAUGCUGCUUCUCUGACAAGGUCCUGUCAUCUGAGUCAUGUCAUAAAGUAGCACUGAUUUCUGAACUGUUUAUUACGCUCUGACUUGGGCACAUCAGGUGGAGUAGUGCACUCGCUUGCCUAACUUCAUGAAGAGGAAAGUGCUGGACUGGAUUAAUUAAAAAAUAAAAAAUAAAUAAAAAAAAAAAAAGGAAUUUAUAUCUGCACCUGAAAAUGGAAGAGAAACCUUAUUUCAAAGUCUGCAAAAAAUUAAAACAAAAAAUCAGGAUGACCUGAGGCUUAUAUGUCGGUCUUCUUCAAUGCAUUAAAAUUUAAUAUGUAACAGUGUUCUAUCUUAUUAUGUUUUAAGGAGUUAAAAAUAUGUAAAUCAUUACUUAAGAACUCUGAACCCUGUCUGUGGCCCCCAGUUUGAGCCAGUGCAGGGAGCGGGGCACAGGCUUUUGAAUCAGGCCGGAUGGGCACCAGCUCUGCCACUUACAUCGGAGGUGACGUCGGGCCAGUUGCUUCACAUCUCUGAGCCUCGGUUUCCUCAUGUUAAAAGUUGAAAUGGUACCUCAUGGAAUGUUUGGGAGAUGGAAAUUAGGUAAACUAGAUAAAACACCUGGCUCAGAGAAUGGCAGGCUGUAGAUGUUCGUGUACAAAUACUAGUACUUUAAAACAUUUUCUUCUCAAUUCCUUAUAACCUCCGAAUAUAUUUUUGCUGUCAGAUUACAUGUAAGAACACACGUAAUUUACAUGUGUGUUCUUCACAGCAUCUUACACAACACACAGAAAUGAAGGCGGUGCCUUAUCUGUAAUGUACAUGAGCCAGCACAGAUACCUCUUCGAGCUUUUGUAUUUUACCCUUCCUGUUUGUCGAUCCUUUCUCAUCCCUGUCGUUACCAAACUUGCAACCUUAAAGCCAAGUUAAGUUAUGCUUCCGGUGUCAUUUUUACGCCAAAACCAAGGGAGCUCAGAUGUGGAAGGGACGGCAUAGGCCAGGGCUUUCCUUCAUUACUUUGAGAGAGAGAACAUCUCCCACGUGGUAGGUGUGGGAAGCAUCCACAGGGCCGUCCACAAGAUGGAAGACAGCUACUUCAGCCCUCGAAAUAAGGAAACUGGAAUUGAGAGAGGUUACAGGACUUGGCCCAAAUCACACAGUCACCCAGUGACCCAGCCUUUCAAGUAAAUUAAAAAAAAUUUUUUUUUAAUAUUUAUCUUAGUGUGAGAGAGAGACAGAGAGCAACAGAGCAUGAGCGGAGGAGGGGCAGACACAGAGGGAGACACAGAAUCCAAAGCAGGCUCUAGGCUCUGAGCCGUCAGCACAGAGCCCGACACGGGGCUCGAAUUCACGAACCAGGAGGUCAUGACCUGAGCCGAAGUCAGACGCUCAACCGACUGAGCCACCCAGGGGUCGCUUAAGUUAAUUUUGUUACACCUUUUAAAUAGUUCAUCUCGUUACUUUUACUUGUCAAACAUUAUAGCCUUAUUCUGACUUAACCUGAGCUGGUGAAGUCUGGAUUUAAGGAAAGCUGCCACAGUAACUACCCUGUUCUGUCCUUUCAGAGCCCAGCCGGGGUGCAGUGUAGGUCUGUAUUCCCAGAAAUGACAGCCUGUAAUGGAAAGCAUCUAACACGUAAAUAGGUAGUAAGUUUAUACAAUAGCUUCAAAGGGAGACUUUGACCCCAGACGUUGGUUACGCUAUUUCCUUGGCUGUUGAACGCACUGCUGUUCAUCACUGGAUCGAAUGGAAUCCUCACUGGAGAGUAUUAAGCUGCGUUUCUUUUCGAGUGUAAAUGCUUCUGUGUCAAAAUAAUUCAAUGCUUUAAAAAAAAAAAGGGAUAAGGAGAUUUUUUAAAUUCCACUAUAAUUAAUGUAUAGUGUUACAUUAGCCGCAGGUGUACAAGUUAGUGAUUCCACACCUCUUAGUGCUCAUAAGUGUGCCCUUAUCCCAAGGAUAUUUUUAUGGUCAUAAAAUUUUCCUUUAUUUCUAGUCCUAGUUCAUUUUUCAGUUUCUGACUACAUUUGCUAUUCAAGCUCAAAGAAAGAAGCAAGGAUGGCCGCAACAUAUGAACAAGACGUGGCCAGCAGCACCGACUUGUAAAGAAGUAACUUGGAUAAGGGAGAGCUGUGUCACAUGAGGUCCUGGGUGUGGUGGCAUCUCUGCCACCAAGGUCAUGUCUUGUGCUGUCCAUGUGAGUCCUAGCUGAAGUCCAGCUGCAGUUAUGCAAAUUGCGGUCUUAAUGAUAGUCUACUGAGUUCGCAUAUUGAGCACUUAAAAAAUUUUUUUUAAAUGUGUAUUUAUUUUUGAGACAAUGCGAGAGACAGAGUGCAAGCGGCGGAGGGGCAGACAGAGGGAGACACAGAAUCCGAAGCGGGCUCCAUCCAGGCCCUGAGCUGUCAGCACGGAGCCCGACGCGGGACUCGAACUUAUGAACCAUGAGAUCACAACCUGAGCCGAAGUCGGAUGCUCAGCCGACUGAGCCACUCAGGCGCCCCUAAAAUUUUUUUUAAAUUACAUUACUAUAUGUUUCUUCCAGUGUAAAAAAGUAAUCUUGGGCCUUAAUAUUCUGACCAGAUAGGAAAUACACACUGUCUUGAAAAUAUAUACGCCUUCGGUGGGAAAUAAUCUUUUUAAAAUGUAGAGGAAGCUGUUCUGCUAAGCAAAAGAGUAACAUUGUUUAGCUCUGCCAGUGAUUUAUUUGGAAAUUUAGACAAGUACUUUCACGGUUAGCAUUAUAUAAUCCUAAUUGGAUCGUCCUUAAACACAUAAGUCAAACACAUUAAAUGCUUGAAACCAGAAACUAACAAACCUGAAGGCUUGGCAUGAUUAUGUAUUCACCGCGCCACAUACACAAGUGCUUUGUUGUUUUCUAGUGCGGUUACUGAAUAGGAAGCCUUGAAAAUGCAGCAUUACUUUUGUAAGCUUUGAAAAGUAGGUGCUAAUGAGAACAUUGGACACCACGCUGUUGUUUUGAGAAUGGGCUCUGACCACUGCAUGCAGGCCCCCCUUUUCCCUUUGCUCCACUGCGUGUGCUGGGCUGGACACAGCCUUGUGCUUGUGGGCAGUUGUAGUUCCUGUUACUUUGUUACUUUUGUUACUUUAGCUAUAGACGCCCUAGGCUAGUGGCCUUUCCAAUAUGAUAUGAAAGGUGACUCCUGGAAUUGUUAUCAUGGUACUUUUGUAAGAAUCGUAGGAGUGAUUGAAGUUUAAGCGAUGCAGCAAAGGCAGUACCUCAGAGGGAAAUGUAUAGCCGUAAAUGCCGAUGUGAAGGAGGAAGAAAGACCUUCAUGGCUUAACUUUAUACCUUGAUUACCUAGGAAAAAAAGAACACAUUUUUAAGGUUUCAAAGCUAGCAGAAGGAAUGAAAAAAUAAAGAUUAGAGCCGAGAUAAACAAAAGAUUAGAAUAACUAUAGAAUUGACCAAACCAAAAGUUGUUUCUUUGAAAAAGAUCGACAGAAUUGACAAACCUUCUACUACACUGGCAAAGGAAAAAAGAACACACAAAUAACUCAAAUCAGAAAGUGACGGUAUUACCACCAAUCAUACAAGAAUAAAAAGAAUUGCAAGAGAAUAUUCAGUAGGUGCAGAAAAGGCAUUUGACAAAAUCCAGCAUCCUUUCACAAUAGAAACACAUAGAAAACUGGGAAUACAAAGGAGCUUACUCAACAUGAAAAGGCGUUUGUAAAAAAACCCACUGCUAACCUCAUUCUCCGUGGCGAAACACUGCAAGUUUCCCCACUAAGACAGAACGUGAUAAGGACCCCUGCUGCUGUGGGCUGCAUGUGUCUCUCCCAAGUUCAUAUGUUGAAACCCUAUUCCUCAAUGUGAUCAUAUUGGAGGUGGGGGCUCUGGGAGGUAAAUAGGUUCAGAUGAGGUCAUGAGGGUAGAGUCCUGGGAUUGGUGUCCUUACAAGAAGAGACAGUUAGCUGCAAACCAGGGAGAGGGUUCUCAUCAGAACCUGACUGUGCUGGCACCAUGAUCUCAGACUUCCAUACUCCAAGAACUGUAAGAAAUAAAUGUUUUUUAAAUCACCCAGUCUAUGAUAUUUUGGUAUAGCAGCCUGUAGCUGACUCAGACACCCACUUUCACUACCACUGUUCACUAUUAUACUGGAAGAUCUAGUGAGUGCAAUUGGACAAAAAGCAGGAGGAAAAGGAUCCAAAUUGGAAAGGAAGAAAUAACACUAUCU